UCCAACUCUCGAGUCAAUCACCACUGGCAACCAUGCUCCCGACACGAGUUCUGCUGGCGCGGUCAGUCUGGAAAGGACCACAUAUCGUUCCACUUCCAAUCGUGCGCUAUGCACAGGGCGAGAAGGUGGUCCCCAUCAGGACGCAGCAGCGCUCGGCGACGAUCCUGCCGAACUUCGUGGGGCUGAAGUUCCAGGUGCAUAAUGGAAAGGUGUACCACGAUGUCACGAUCACGGAGGAUAUGGUGGGACAUAAGCUGGGUGAAUUUAGCACGACGAGGAAGCGAUUUUCGUACAAGCUGAGCAAGAACAAAUAGACGGUGUAUAGAUGGGAAUUUUUAUGGCGUUUGGGAGGUCGCUGUAUGAUAGCGUUAUGUACGAUAUGGUACACUAGGAGCUUGUAAGAAGAGAAAAGAAUCCACAGAAUACGACUACAACCAAGCAACCGAGAACUCUUUGCACACUUGUGAUACCACCGAAACACAAUAGCACCAACGUGUGUGCGCUCACGCUUUUUGUCCAUCAGCAGCGGCCCAGUUUAUGGUAGCACAAUGUUCGUGCCGCCCGAAAGCCUGCCCAUCGGACCUUUUGGCAACAUCAGUUACCAGCAGCCUCCGUACAAUACACCAUCCCCCAGUCGAUAUAAAAUUAGUAACUAACUUGGAAAACACGGCCCUGAGUGACCGAGAGCAAUGAUGAUUCUUAGUUGCUGUAUACCGUGCCAUUGCGCACAGUCACUCUUCGGUCUUUUGGGCGGUAUAGUUGCUGUACACUGUGAGAUUGCGCAGUCACUCUCCAGUCUUUUGGGCAGCAUAAACUGUCAAAGAUUAAU